GAAUGCAGCGGGAGACAGGAGGUGGAGAGAGAGAGAGAGGUAGAGGAGAACAACAGGGGAAAAGAAGGGGGGAGAGAUAGCAAGAACCAGCUAGCGCCAGCACAGUGAGCCUACCGUUAUUUUGCGACAUUGGCGCUACAGAUACAACUACAUUUUAAGCAGUAUGUCCUUUAGCUAAGAUGUGACUCCACCAGCUUUACGUCGACUGUGUCCAAGACGGCAGAGAAAUGUGCGCCGGUAGCUAACGUUAGCUAGUUUAACGUGAAGACUACUAAAAGGCAUCUCUCUGUCGUUUGACCGUGCAGCCAGAUCGAAAUCUUCGGAUGCAUGUGUAAACGCUAGUAACGUUAAACCAGCUCGGCACAACAUCCCGCUCCUCACCUAGCUAGCUAACCCACCGGUCUCCGGUUACCGUGAAGGCAGGGGAGGGAAAACCACCACACUGUCAAAAUGAAAUUCACGGAGCAUCUCUCAGCUCACAUCACCCCGGAGUGGAGAAAGCAGUACAUCCAGUAUGAGGCCUUCAAAGAGAUGCUGUAUGCUGCUCAGGACCAGGCCCCAUCUAUUGAAGUCACAGACGAGGAUACGGUUAAGAGGUACUACGCCAAGUUUGAGGAGAAGUUCUUCCAGACAUGUGAAAAAGAACUGGCAAAGAUCAACACCUUCUACUCUGAAAAGCUGGCUGAGGCUCAGCGGCGAUUCGCCACGCUGCAGAACGAGCUGCAGUCCUCAUUGGACGCCCAGAGGGAGAGCUGGGCUAACGGGCGGGGCCUGCGGAGGAGGAAGACAGUGUUCGCCCUGUCGCAGCAGGAGCGAUGCAAACACAGAAACAUAAAGGACCUGCAGCUGGCCUUCUCCGAGUUCUACCUCAGCCUCAUACUGCUGCAGAACUACCAGAACCUGAACUUCACAGGUUUCAGGAAGAUCCUGAAGAAGCAUGAUAAGAUUUUGGAGACGUCGAGGGGGGCUGACUGGAGGGUGGUCCAUGUUGAAGUGGCUCCAUUUUACACAUGCAAGAAAAUCACACAGCUCAUCUCUGAGACCGAGGUGCACACAUAUGUCUGCCUACAGCCUGCUCCCGCUUGGACAACCUUUAGAGUCGGACUUUACUGUGGAGUAUUCCUCGUCUUAAUAGUCACUGUGGUCAUUACAGGAGCUGUGGUGAGAGGAGACGCUGAUGUUUGGCCUAUGGUCAGGAUCUACAGAGGAGGCUUCCUGUUAAUAGAAUUCCUCUUCCUGUUAGGCAUCAACACCUACGGCUGGAGGCAGGCGGGGGUUAACCAUGUACUCAUAUUUGAACUCAACCCCAGAAACAACCUGUCACAUCAGCAUCUGUUUGAGAUUGCAGGUCUGUUGGGGGUGCUGUGGUGUGUCAGCCUGCUGUGCUGUCUCUUCAGUAGUAGCAUCCUGGUACCAAUGCAGGCUAACCCUCUUGCUCUCUACGGCCUCUUCCUCCUCUUCCUCAUCAACCCCUUCAAGACCUGCUACUACAAGUCCCGCUUCUGGCUGCUCAAACUCUUGUUUCGAGUGGUGACAGCUCCAUUUCAUCGGGUUGGCUUUGCAGACUUCUGGCUGGCGGACCAGUUGAACUCUCUUGGUGUGGUUCUGAUGGAUCUGGAGUACAUGAUCUGCUUCUACAGUUUUGAACUGGACUGGAAAAAACACGAUGGACUCUUAAGCAGUGAAGGUAAAGACGUGUGUAAUUCCUACUCCUAUGGGGUCCGUGCGGUGAUCCAGUGUCUUCCUGCUUGGUUCCGAUUCGUCCAGUGUCUGCGACGUUACCGUGACUCCAAACGGGCCUUCCCUCACCUGGUUAACGCCGGGAAAUACUCCACUUCCUUCUUUGUUGUGACCUUCGCUGCCCUAUACAGCACACAUAAAGCUGAAGACCAUGCUGACACCCAGAUCUUCCUCUACUUGUAUAUCGGCUGUUUAGUGGUCAGCUCAUGUUACACACUGAUCUGGGAUCUGAAGAUGGACUGGGGUCUGUUUGACCGCAACGCAGGAGAGAAUACCUUUCUGAGAGAGGAGAUAGUCUAUCCACAUAAGGCCUAUUACUACAGUGCCAUAGUAGAGGAUGUGCUGUUGCGUUUUUCAUGGACGUUAACGGUCUCCCUCAGCACAGUCCCUGGGUUGCACAACAUCUCUGACAUACUAGCGACUGUACUGGCCCCAAUGGAGGUCUUUAGACGUUUUGUGUGGAACUUCUUCCGAUUGGAGAACGAACACCUGAAUAACUGUGGUGAGUUCAGGGCCGUCAGGGACAUCAGUGUGGCUCCGCUCAAUGCUGACGACCAGACACUGCUGGAGCAGAUGAUGGACCAGGAGGACGGAGUCAGGAACCGGCAGGGCAAGAAGAGCUGGAAGAGGAGCUACAGCAUGAGUCUACGCAGGCCGCGACUGGCCUCACAGUCCAAGACCCGUGACACCAAGGUUUUGAUAGAGGACACCGAUGAUGACUCCUGACAUCAGGCCACGCCCCUCGCCUGGGUCCAGAAUUUAUUCAAAGGAGGAACCUCCACCUCCUAAUCGAGGAAUCACCCAGCGAGUCGGGCGUUGAACUCUCAGCCAAGGAAGGGUUUUAAAACUCAUGCCUACGUAAUCCUUUCUCCGAUGCAUGAGCCGCUGCACGGGUUCCAAACUAUUUCAAGGGAGGAACUUUCACCUCUUGAAGAAACAACCCAGCAACAUGGCCAUCAAACUCCUACUCCUACCUUCAAUAAUAAUCAGGGUAGGCGUAUCACUUAAACUCUACUUUUCCCAAGCCGUGGGUGAAAAACUCUCUUCCUGUCAUCCACAGCCACCCAGAGGUGGACCAUUUAACUAAACCCACUCCUCAGCCAUUGCUUGGGCUCUUUCCUAAAAGCCUCAGCCUAGCAUGAACAACGCAGCUAAACGGAAUGCAAGCCGAUCAUCCUGACAAGAAGUGUCCCCGCGCCGCUCCCACAUAGGGAGAAUCCAACUUCAAGUCUUCUGCUGUUGAGGACCAAAAGGUUUUCUUCCUCACCUUUUAGCUAUUAGUCUCCGCCAACACCACACCCUAAAAGAACUUGCAUCAACUUGUAAUUUAGACUUCAAAAUGAACCUAAAGCCCCCCUUUUUUCCAAUAAGAGAAAAGAAAGGAUUGAAAAGUGUCCUCCUUUUCUCCUUUCAGCGACUUUUUAGGCCUUGUGAACCUUCUUCCUGACUGCUUGGUGAGCAGACUAUGCUGACAAACAUUUGAUAACGCCAAUCAGUCAGUCACUCUUCAGCUUGCCCCUUCAAAUCAUCACAGAGCUGCCUACCUGCACCUUACAUGCUUUAGAAUCACACACAGAAACAUGCACUUUGUAGAAGUGAAACGGAGUGGAAUGCCUAUUGUGUGUUCACACACAUACAGACAAUGAUUUAAUUUGUUUUUAUGUUCAUGGAUAUGCGACACUUGAUCUUUUUGAGACCAUGGGAAGAAACAACAACAACAACACACUUAAAGAAUAGACUAGCGAUUAUUUAUAACCGUGGUUGUAAAUAUGAGACGGACCAAAGUGGGAGGUGGGGUGAAAAUAUUCCAACAAUUUCAAAUACUCCAUAAUAAAAAU